UGUGAAUAUCACUUGACAAUUUUUUCCUUUACAGAAACAGCAGAAUUUCAGAACAUAGUGGGCAGCUUGAUUGAGCUCGUUGACCAACUGGCCAAAGCUGUAGAAAGUGAGAAGAUGAAGGCCAUCGGGGCACGGAACCUGCUGAAGUCGAUUGCAAAGCAGAGAGAGGCUCAGGAGCAGCAGCUCCAGGCUUUGAUAGCAGAGAAGAAGAUGCAGCUGGAAAGGUACCGGAUCGAGUACGAGACCCUCUGCAAAAUCGAAGCGGACCAGAACGAAUUCAUCGACCAGUUCAUCUUCCAGAAAUAGAGGAUUUUAAGAUAAAAACCAGCUCACAUGGAAACUUGACCAUUCCAGAAUCUUGAGAAUUUCAGAAAUAUGCAAUUUCCACUGUGCAGGAAUGCAGAUGGUUUGUGCAAUGGAGGGGCUGUACCUCGGCUGGAGUGUACCAUGGCAAUAAGAAGGGCUGACAGCUCACAGCUGCACAGACUGUUCUGGCCUUUGAUUUUAUACCAGUUUUGUACAGUCAGUAGUUCUAAUUCAAAUUCCAGUUGAAUUAAUGCUACUGGUGCUUUGUUGUGUCGCUUUUUGAAGUCUACAGCUCUUUCAUAGAAAUCAGAAAAUAAAUUAUUGUUCUCAGACUGUCUGGCUGUACUAGAA